AAUUCUGUUACCAUGAUUGAUGACGAUGUUGAAAAAAUUGUGAUUGACAAUGGUUCAAGAACGUGCAAAGCUGGUUUUUCUGGUGAGAAUGCCCCUCGCACCGUUUUCCCUUCUGUUGUCGGUCGACCUCGAAACUACGCUUUGGUAUGUAACCUUAAUCAGAAGGAUUCGUAUGUUGGGGAUGAAGCCCAAAGCAAGCGAGAUAUCUGCAGGUUGAACUAUCCUAUUGAGCGAGGCAUUAUUACCAACUGGGACGACAUGGAACGAAUCUGGCACCACGCCUUCUACAAAGAGCUAGGUGUAGCUCCAGAAGAACAUCCAGUUUUUCUCACUGAAGCUCCGUUGAACCCAAAAGCUAAACGAGAGAUGAUGACCCAGAUCAUGUUUGAGACCUUCAACACACCGGCCAUGUACGUUGCCAUUCAGGCUGUCCUCUCACUGUACCAUUCCGGUCGCACUGCUGGUAUCGUACUCGAUUCUGGUGACGGUGUUUCUCACGUUGUGCCCAUCUACGAAGGUUACACUUUGCCCGAUGCUAUUCUCAAAUUAGACUUGGGUGGUGGCGAUCUCAUCGACUACCUGAUAAACAUCAUCACUGAUCGUGGCUACUAUUUGGCUUCCUCGGCAGAGCGAGAAAUCGUUUGUGAUAUAAAGGAGAAGCUGUGCUAUGUUGCUUUGGACUUUAAACAGGAGAUGGCCACCGCUGCUAGCUCGUCUAUCCUCGAAGAGUCGUACGAGCUGCCUGACGGUCAGGCGAUCACCAUUGGCAAUGAACGAUUCCGCUGUCCGGAAGUUCUCUUUCAGCCAUCCCUCUUCAGCUUGGCAAACAACGGCAUCCACGAGACCAUCUACGACUCUGUCAUGAAGUGCCCCGUUGACUACCAAAAAGGUUUUUUUGCUAACAUUGUUCUUUCUGGUGGGAAUACCAGGUUUCCUGACUUUGCUGAUCGUUUGAAGAAGGAGAUCACUGCUUUAGCCCCGUCACAAAUGAACAUCGAAAUCAGUGCUCCUCAUAAGGAGAAGCACUCUGCUUGGAUUGGUGGCGCUGUUCUCUCUACUCUCAGCAGCUUCGAACCAUUGUGGAUUUCUAAGCAGGAUUACGUCGAGUAUGGCCCCUCUAUUGUCCAUCGAAAAUGCUUCUAA